UGUGUGUGUGUGUGUAUUCUAGAACUUAAACUCAGCUGGGGAGAGUUGAGGAGUCAGUUGAACACAGAUCACUCACACACCCACACCCACACACGCAAACCCACACACACUCUGUCCUGACACAGAGUUCAGAGGCAGCGCCAGCUAGACACACUCCAGGAUACUCGAGAGGCGCAAGGGAAGUUUAGAGGAGUAGUGUUGUGGUCUUGUGGACUUGUGACAUUGAAGAGGACGACUCUAUUCAGAGAAAUAUACAGAGGAAAUCCCAGCAGAACUUUGGAACUGGAUACUAGAACCCUCGGUAGAACUGUGGACCCGCAGAGAAGAACAGAACCGAACCUGUUUGUGGAGUAGAACUGUGGACAAGAGGAGAACAUACCAGUGGAACGCACGAGAGGAGGGAAGAGCUAGAACUGAAUCUAGGACUAGAACUCUGGAGUGGCCCAGAGUUCUAAACGGAACUGCACUGACGAGACAAGACUAGCGUGUGUGUGUUUUUGUUUUGCUGUGUGGUGUGUGUGCGCGCCGUAUAUUGCUCCAGCCCAAAAACUCAGACAAUCCUUCCUGAGACACCUCAAUGCUUGGGACCAUCACACUCACAGUGGGCCAGCCAGAUGGCGUUCCCCAGACGGAGGAGGCAAUGACGGGGCCUCUCAUCUCCGCGGAGACUAACGAAGGCGAUGGGGCGGGGCAUCUGAACGGAGGUCCAGAGCAUCCAGACGAGGGCGGGUCCGCAGAGGCUGACAUCACCAUGGAGACGGAGAAGGAGGCGACGGAGGAGAAGAAGGAGGUGGAGCCUGCUGAGGAGGAGGUGGGCUUCAAGAAGAUCUUUCGCUUUGUGGGCUUCAAGUUCACUCUGAAGAAACAGGAGAAGAAGGAGGAGGAGGAGCCUGUCAAACUGCUGACCGUGGAAAAGAAAGAGGACGAGAAGGUGACAGAGGAGGCCACGGAGGCAGUGACAGAGGAAGAGGCCAAGGAGGAGGUGACAGAGGAAGAGGUGGCCAAGGAGGUGGUGACUGAGGAGGCCAAAGAGGAGGCGACAGAGGAGGCCAAAGAGGAGGUGACUGAGGAAGCCAAAGAGGAGAAAGCCAGUGAGGAGCAGACAGCAGCGGCAGCUCCUGAGGAGCCUGCAGGAGACCAGGAGGCGGAGACAACGCCGGUGAAGGAAGAGGAGCCUCCAGUUGUUAGCCCCGCCCCCCAGGAGAGCCAGUCAGCUUUCAAGAGGUUCUUCACCCAGGGCAUCUUCUCCAACCUGAGGAAGAAGAGCAGCAUGAGGAGGAGCAAAGAGGAGGAGGAGAAGAAGGAGGAGGCCAAGCCGGAGGAGGAGACACCCCAGGAGAAAACAGAGGAGGCAACCAAAGAGGAGGUGCCAGAGGGGGAGAAGGAAGUGGAGGCUGAGACUGUAGUGGAGGAGGAGGUGAAAGAAGAGGAGGUGAAAGAGGCAGAGGUGUCAGAGGCGCAGCAGGAGGUGUCGGAGGUGGUGUGUCCAGCGGUGGUAGAGGAGGCGGUGGCUGCCGAGCUAAUCGAGGAAGGGGCAGUAACUGCGGACGACGCUCCUCUACAGGCAGAGGCAGCUGCCACUGAAGCCAUCACCGAGGCAACUGCAGAGGAGCAGGCGGAGGUGGUCGGCACAGAGGUUACCGUGGUGGCAGCGGACCCUGCAGCAGCAGAGGAGGCCAAAGCAGAGCAGGAGCCAGUGGUCACCUCCUCUCUUGAGGCCAGCUCCUCUGUAGAGAUCACCUCCUCUUCAGAGGGAGCAACUCAAGAGAUCACCUCCUCACAGGAGAGGAGGGGGAGCCCCCUGAAGAAGCUUCUGAGUGGUGCGGGACUGAAGAAGCUGUCCUCCAAGAAGACGCGCGCCAAGAAAACGCCAAAGAAGGAGGCGCAGGAAGAGGAGCCCAAGAAGGAGGAGGAGCCUGUUGCCGAGCAACCGUCAGCCCCUGCUGCUGAAGAGGUGGACGUGAGCUCAGAGGGAACCAAAGAGGAGGUCAAAGAGGAGAUCAAAGAGGAGGAGAAGGAGGAGGUCACAGCGGCGGAGGUAACGGAGGAGGCCACAGAGGAGGUGAAGGAGGAGGCUGCUGCUGCUCCCGAGGAGCCCAAGAGGAAGAUGGACACGUCCAUGUCGUGGGAGGCGCUGAUCUGCGUGGGCUCCUCCAAGAGGCGCGGCAGGAGGACCUCGGACUCAGAUGAGGAGGAGGUACCCGAGGAGGUGGUGCCAGCCUCCGCUGAGGAGACCAAGCCGGGUGUGGAAUCCCCUCUGGCCGCCUCGCAGGAGCAGCCAGAGCAGCCGGAGGAAAAACAACAGGAGGAGGCGCAGCAGGAGAAGACACAGCAGGAGGAGCAGCAGGAGGUGCAGGCCAGCGUCUCCUCCCCAGAGGAAGGGGAGCAGCCUGUCUCCACGUGGGAAUCCUUCAAACGUCUCGUCACCUCCCGCAAGAAGCGGCCGAGUGAUGAGAAACUCACCUCCUCUGGGGAGCAGGAGGCAUCAGGGGAGGUGGCCCUGUCAGACAGCGAGCUCCCCAAGGAGGAGUCGUCCUUCUCGCUGCGUAAGCUCCUCCCCCGGCGCAAGAAGAAGGAGGGGGCGAGGGCUGGAGAGGGAGGUGCCACCUCCUCAGACAUGGGAUCGGGAGAGGAGGACUCUGACACCCCAGCAGUGGUGCCACUCUCCGAAUACGACGAGGAGAUCACAGGGGAGACGCAGGAGGUGCAGGACAAGAUUGAGGAGGGCGUGUCCAAGGUCACCGUGGAGGAGUCCAAGGUCGCGGUGACGCCUGCCAAGCCGGAGAAGGUCUUCCCACAGGAGGACCGCUCCCCAUCCUGGAUCUCAGCCGUGGUGGAGGAGGAGGUGGUGGCAGGGGAGCAGGAGACACAGGAGGAGGUGAAGCAGCAACUGAGUGACAUCCCUGAGGAGGUGGUGGACACAGCAGCCGGAACGCCGUGCUCUGCUGAUAACACCAUCGCUGAGGACGACCAGGUCAUCGCAGAGGAGACAGUUGCCGAGGACAACGUGGUGAAGGAGACGCAGGAGGAGGUUGCCACGGUGACAGAGGAGAGUCAGGAAGUGCAAGCUGCGGUCACACAGGAAGCCGUUGACAUCACUGAGGAGCAGGGGAAGCAGGAGGAGGAGGAGGUGAAGCAGACCUCCCAGCUUACCCUGGAAGCCCUCGCACCCGUUACAGAGGGCGUCAUCACAGAGGUGGCGCAGGAGGAGCAGAGUGGAGCAUUAGAAGAGGAGGAGGCCCAGGCCACACAGGAGGAGGAGGUGGAAGAGCACAAGGCUGAGGUGGCAGGGGAGGUGGUGGUGGUGGAGAGCGUCUCCAUGCAGAGCGCAGAAGUGCAGGAGGCCCCAGAGGAGGCGCAGGAGGAGGCGGGACAGCUGCAGGUGGUGGGCCCAGAGGAGGCCACCAAUGAGCAGCGAGCAGAGGAGGUGUCUGAGGUCCUGAAACAGGAAGUGGCGACCGCUCUGGCUGAGCCACUAUUGGCUGAAGCCGAAGGCAGCACGGAAUCUCCCCUCGCUGUCGUUGCAGCCACGGAAACACAAGUCAUCACCACGGAGACCACAUGUGAUGUCACCAGCGCUGCCCCGACGACGGCCGAGCUAGUGGAGGAGGUGGUGACUAGCCAGCAGGAGGAAGAGGAGGUGAAGGAGAUUGAGGAGCAGAGCUCAGUCAUCGUUCAAACCAUCAUCCAGAAUGUCAUGGAGAAUAUCUCCGGUGUCCAGGAGGAGGAGAAGGAGGAGGAGCAGGAGAGUAGAGAGGUAGAAGCAGCUCCAGAACCACAACUGGAGGCAGCAGAGCCUGUACCUGUUCAGGAGGCAAGCGCACAACCAGAGACGGAAUCCACAGAACCAGCACCAGCAGUAUUAGCAGAAGAACCAGAGGCGGGCUCCACAGAACCAGCAGCAGCAGCAGCAGAAGCAGCACCAGCAGAAGCUGCAGAAGCUGCAGAAGCAGCAACUGAGCCAUCAGAGACAGCAGCAGCUCAGCAGGACACUACAGACGAGGCAGUCCCCGAGCAGGCCCCGUCCCCCAGGGCGAUGGUGCAGGCGGCACAGAUGCAGGAGGUGCUGCACCUGUCGCUGCCUCUCCACAUUGCCUCCCUAGCGGAGCAGGAGGAGAGCGCAACGCUCACCGUAGACGGAAUCGAAGACCACGCACUGGGAACGACCAAGGAGGAGAAGACAGAAGAGGAGGGGGAGAAGGUGGAUGAGGAGAGGAAAGAAGAGGAGGAGAAGAAAGGAGAGACGAAGGAAGAAGAGGAGGAGGAUGAAAAAGAGGAGGAGGAGAGGAUUGAAAGGGAGGAGAAGGAAGAGGAGACAAAGGAGGAGGUGAAAGGAGAGACGAAGGAAGAAGAGAAGGAGGAGGAUGUAAAAGAGGAGGAGCCAACAGCAGAACAAAUGCAGGUGGCCACAGAAGCAGCCGUUACUACAGAGACAGAAGCAGCCAUCACCCCUGAGACAGAAGCAGCCGUUACUACGGAGACGGAGGUAGAGGCCAAAGGCAGCCCAGCGGGAGACGAUGAGGCCCCCGCAGUUACUACGGAGACAGAAGCAGCCACCACCACGGAGACAGAAGCAGCCGUUACCACAGAGAAGGAAGAAGCCGUUACUACGGAGAUGGAAACAGAGGCCAAAGGCAGCCCAGCGGGAGACGAGGAGGCCCCCGCAGUAUCUACGGAGACAGAAGCAGCCACCACCACGGAGACAGAAGCAGCCGUUACCACAGAUACGGAAGCAGCCGAUACUACGGAAAUGGAAGCAGAGGCCAAAGGCAGCCCAGCGGGAGACGAUGAGGCCCUCGCAGUUACUACGGAGACAGAAGCAACCACCACCACAGAGACAGAAGCAGUCGUUACCACAGAUACGGAAACAGCCGUUACUACGGAGACAGAAGCAGCCGUUUCCACAGACACGGAAGCAGCCAUUACCACGGAGACAGAAGCAGCCGUUAUUACGGAGACAGAAGCAGAGGCCAAAGGCAGCCCAGCGGUAGACGAUGAGGCCGUCGCAGUUACUACGGAGACAGAAGCAGCCAUCACCACGGAGACGGAAGCAGCCGUCACUAUGGAAACAGAAGCAGCCGUUACCACGGAGACAGAAGUAGCCGUUACCAAGGAGACGGAAGCAGAGGCCAAAGGCAGCCCAGCGGGAGACGAUGAGGCCCCCGCAGUUAUCAUGGAGACAAAGGAAGAGACAGAGACCGCCCCUCAAACAGAAAGCACCAAUGACAUGGCAGUCGUAACAGAGGCCGCCUCCUCCUCCUGCCAGGACACUGAGGACAAACCUGCACCUGAGCCCAGCGCCGCUGUCCCAGAAACCAUGCCCACACCUGAACCCACACAGGCCCCUGAAGCCACACCGACACAGGCCCCUGAAGCCACACCCAAAUACCAAGCUACUCCCUCACAUUAAGCCACACCCACGUCAAAAGCCACACCCACAUCGUCCCCUGAAGCCAAAUCUACACAUGAAUCCACUCACACCUGAAGCCACCUACAUCUGAAGCCACACCUACACAUGAAGCCACAAACACACAGUCCCCUGAAACCACACCCACGCCUGAAGCCAAAUUUACGCCUACACCAGAAGCCAACCACGCCUGAAGCCACCCUCAUAUCUGGAGCUACACCCACGUCUGAAGCCACAUCCACGCCUGAAGCCACAUCCACGCCUACACCUGAAGCCAACCAUGCCUGAAGCCCACAACGCCUGAAGCCACCCUCACACCUUAAGCCACACCCACACCAAAAGCCAACCACAAGCCACACGUUUACCUGAAGCCAUCCACACCUUAAUCCACCCACGCCUGAAUCCACACCUGAAGCCACCUACACCACAAGCCACACCUGAAGCCACAGCUGAAUCCAACCACCCUCACACCUUAAGCCACACCCACACCAAAAGCCAACCACAAGCCACACGUUUACCUGAAGCCAUCCACACCUUAAUCCACCCACGCCUGAAUCCACACCUGAAGCCACCUACACCACAAGCCACACCUGAAGCCACAGCUGAAUCCAACCACACCUGAAGCCACCUACACCUGACGCCACACCCACACAAGCACCUGACAACGCACCUACACCUGAUGCCACACCCACGCAGAUCCAAAAAGCGACAGCUGUCACCGAAGCCACACCAGCAUUUGCAGACAAGGACACGGUCACCCCCGUGGUUGCUGCGGUAAAUGCCACUCAGCUGACGCAGCAGCUGAUGGAGGAGGCGGAGUCUGCUGUUGCCAUGGUGACGGAGCAGCUCAUGGAGGAGGCGGAGUCUGUUGUUGCCAUGGUGAGGGAGCAGCUCAUGGAGGAGGCGUAGCCUGCUGUUGCCAUGCUGACGGAGCAGCUGACAGAGGAUGUUCUGGAGGAGGUGGAGCCUGUUUCCACCGAGAUCGCCACCAUCUCAUGAACAGGUAGCGCUGAUGAGUCCUGAUUCUCUGGAAGCUGAAAAUUCAGGGAGCAAACACACACACACACACACACACACACACACACACACACACACACACACACACACACACGACUUACACAAACACACACAUAUACGCUCCCUCACUUGUACGAUUGACCAACAAGCAAACUCUCCACUUAAACCACACAUGCUAGCCAGGCCGCGCCUUCCUAGUGACCUAUUACUUUCGGCGUUACUACUUGUCAGGUCAAGUACUAGUAGGGAAGCAAUCAACUUUGAGCAGCUCCAACGGCCGUGGGUAGAGGUGAGGCGUGUUCAGGGCAGUGACGUUCUAUUGGGACUAAGAAAAUGUUUGGUUUAAACUUCGGCACAGUCAGUAGCAAACCAAGGGAGGUGGGUCAACUAUGCUGUUUGAAAAACGUUAACUGUUAUACUCUAGGUCAGACCAAGUCUUGAAGAGAUUUGAAAGUCGAUGAUAAUCAGGCUACAUAUAUGCACCCUAGACACACAUGCACGCACGCACACAGACGCGCGUGCGCACACACACACGCACGCACGCACGCACACACACACACACACACACACACACACACACACACACACACACACACACACACACACACACACACACACACACACAAACACAAAUCCCCGCCAACCAGGACUGCAGGAACUGCAGCAGCAUCAGGGCUGACACAUGAGCCCUCUUCUGAUUGGAUGAGACAUGAGCCCUCUUCCGAUUGGAAGAGACAUCAGCCCUAUACCGAUUGGCUCCCAGCCCCGUCACCCAAGAGAUGACAUAUGAACACCACCAGCACCGCCCCAACCCCCCUUUGAUUGGCCUUUUCACUCACCAUGUGUUCUCCUUUGCCGAAUGCUGAUUGGACAACUGAUCUGUAAUGUUGAGAGCCUCGUUCUCACCUGGGGCCGCCAAUACAACUCUGCCUGUUGUAUUUGUGUCUGCAUUUGUGUGUGUGCGAGACGUGCCACUUCAAAGGUGCGUCACUGCGGAGGCGGUAUGCAGACUUUUUCACCAGGGAUAAGCAACUGCAGGAGUUGCAAGGUCUGUCUGCAAUCGCAUUGAUCCCGCGAGAGUUUCACAUCAUGACACACGCCGAGCAAGUCAGAGCAUGACUGAGUUUUGUAAAGUUGGACAAGAUUUCUAACCACCAUGCAACAUCUCCAGUCCAGAAUGCAUUGCUGUCUGUCUGCAUUGCACAAAGUCAAAUGCACCUAUUCCACCCUGUUACGUCAGCCCCUCCCCUUCUCCCAUGCUAUAUUAUCCCACUCCCCCUGACACAGUUCCCCGCCCCCUAUUGUAUUAGACCCUCCUCUCCCACACUAUGGCAGGCCAUCCUUCCUCUGCAUACCCUAUUAUGUCGAGCCUUACACUUCCGGCUUACUGUGGCAAGCCAUCCUCUCCUUACUCCUGUGGCAAGCCAUCCUCUCCUUACACUCCUUACUCCUGUGGCAAGCCACCCUCUCCUUACACUCUUUACUCCUUCCUUAACUACUGUUACUGUACACAGUACUGUUUGUGUGUGUGUGUGUGUGUGUGUGUGUGUGUGUGUGUGUGUGUGCGUGCGUGCGCGUGUGUGGUAUUGUGCUGUUGUAGUGGCUCACUUUGUGUGUGUGUGUGGUAUUGUGCCAACUGUGAAAUGUUCCGUCUGCUUUAUUUUAAUGUUUAAAAGUAUCUGCUUUAUUUUAAUGUCUAAAACUCUCUUCCUUAUUUUAAUGUUUAAAGUAUCCUCUGUCUGUCUGCAUUAUUAUGUUUCUAAAAUGUAGACACACAAAUAAAACACUAAUGUUUCAAAUCUGCU